CCUUUUAUUUAUAUGAAAAAAUAUCAGCAUCUACAAUACUUAAGUCGUACGGUACGAAAAUUAAAUACACUCCUUGAAGUAACCCUCAACCAGAAUGCAAGGGAACCCUAGCCACCAAUCCCUCCUCCACGCAGACAAGUCGGAGUGCCACAAGCACAAGCAGCACGAGGUCAUGUGUUAUGUGCUUUCACUUUUAACAAGGUACUAGAAGCAGCCACGCGCUUUGCUGUGCCGACAAUUGUCAAUUCUAUGUUGCAUAUUCAGCAAACCCAUUGGUAUAAGAAGCAACCGCGUCCCCCUACGUUAACCAUCAUACGUCGCACUUGGGAUCCACUCAAAGACCAUCCAUCAAAUAUGAUGAUAUAUAAUGAUGAGGAUGAUUGUCUUUCUUUACAUAAUACUCUUGAUUUGCUUUACAUAAUAUAGUCUAUGGAUUAUUGUGUGAGUUCAGACAACCACCCCCUCUAACACUUUCUAAUAAGCAUUGUCAUUCCAUGUUUGCUUUCUCCGGUAUGUGUAUACGGGGCCUGUUUUGUUUAGAGCACUGACACGCCCCACCAAAUUUCUGGUCGUUGACCAAAGCGAUGCUUGCGUUUGAUUGAGAUCCAAUAAUUUGGCUCGCGCCAGACCCAUCGGUCCUUCCCGUGUGCUGCAGGCGCAAUCCAAAUGCACCAAUACUCACAAGAGAAUUCAACCUGAAAAGACAAUCGAGCCAGUGCAGGAUGUAUUGAGAACAGCUCCCUAUCAACUGUUAUUCCAAGAGAAAAAAAUAUAGUGAGAUAGAUAUUCAAUACUUUAACGAAUUGAAAUGGCAUACGAGGAAACAUAUAUACACCAAAUCUCUGUCCAUGCACAAACCAAGGAUUCGAUCAUCGAUCAACGUCAAGAUUCAGAUCAGGUACGGAACGAUGUGUGCGGCACUGUACUGUAGGCAUGCAGUCCCAGUUCAUCCUCCUCCUGCACAAGCAUAAAAAAAGUAGAGCAAGCCCCAGAUCAGAUACUCCCUCCGUCCCAAAAUAAAUGUCUUAACUUUGUACUAGCUUUAGAACAAAGUUGUACUAAUUUCAAGACACCUUAUUUUGGGACAGAGGGAGUACAAUAUUCCACUGGCUGAAAGACAAGCUCAAGCUGGUUAGGUGCUGUCUUGGCAGAGGUUUCAAAGCUCAAGAACGAGAGGCCAGAGGCGCGCAACAAAGGUAGUGUAAUUGUUUCCAUGCUCAUGACCUGAUCUAUCAUAUGGCUCAUGUUUUGCAUGAAAAAAGAUUUGCAUGUUCCCCUCCUAUCCUAUGUGGUUUCUUUUACUGGCAAGAGGAAGCUAGGAUAAGCUCGUUAUUCACAGCAAUAAUAUAAGCUAACAAAUAUACUCAGAAUCAUUAUACAGCCAUUUUUGCUUCUUCAUGCCAGAAGCAAACUCAACUCGGCUAGUGCAAUCGCAGACAUACUAAGAAGAGGAUGUUCAACCGUGUAGAGAAUAACUCCUCCCAUGCAUGUCCUGACCGGCAGAACAAUCAACACCUACAUAAAGCAGAAUGCAGGUAUAUAGUAGGUACAAGUUUACCGAAUCAACCCACUUUAGAAUGGAACUUUUCUUCAGUCAGUGUGCUAAUGAUGCUGCUUGGUUGUACAUACAGGCUUUGAAUUCCAAAAGUUGCAACCACUACCUCAUUUUCCCUGACUUCAAACAGGACUUGUGAUCCAAGAUUUGUAUUGACCAAAACUCAACACAUGAAGCUUUAUUUCUACCAUCGACAGAAUUCCAGCAAGUGAAUUUUCCUGCAAUGAAUUGUUGCCUUGCGCAACCAGUAACAAGUCCUUGAGGUAAAUCUUUUGUUCGACGUACCAGCUCAAAAGUGAAUUGCCAACUGAAGAAGUUACAUGGCCCAAUAAACAUUUCAAAUGCUAUGAAACAGGAGAUACCAUCAAAUGAAAACUAUAUACUGCGCAAUGUUACCUCAAUUCUGUUCAGUGCAUAAGUAGGAAAACUGCAAAUUUUGCCGGAAUUCUGUCCCUGCCUUUUUAGGGAUUCCUGGGUCGUUUUUCCACAGGCAUGAGUAAAGAAAGAAAGGAGAAGGAAUAGCUGGCCGCAGACACUGAAGAAAAGCCAUCCACCAGCAGCUUCCACUCAACUCCUUUUCGAAGAAAAAAAAAAACUUUGAGCCAACUCCUUUUUGAAAGAAUAAAGCAUCCAUUCAACUGCUGCGUGUUGACCGAGGACCUCAUAACAGUGGAUGACACACUGGUUAAAUACUCAUCAACAGGGUUGCACUGUGUAUUGAAUCAGAUCCCCUAGCCAAACACAUUAUCGAAUUCCAGAUGCAAACACUAGGCAGCCAAAUGCGACAUCUGUUCUACCUUUGCCUACUGCUAGUGCCAUGUCUUCUUCUCUUGGAAGAAGCACAUGCAGAGCACCACCGAGGAAUCUCGCCGAGGUCUCAACACACGGCACUCCUCCACUGGAAAGCUACACUAGCAGGCCCAGCGCUGCAGAUGAGCUCUUGGCAGGAAAACACCAGCCCCUGCAACUGGACGGGCAUCAUGUGCACGGCUGUUCGCCAUGGCCGCCGCAUGCCCUGGGUGGUGACCAACAUUUCGCUGCCCGGUGCUGGCAUCCGUGGCCAGCUUGGUGAGCUCAACUUCUCCGCUCUUCCAUUCCUCGCAUAUAUUGACCUCAACAACAACAGUCUUCAUGGUCCAAUACCAGCUAAUAUCAGCUAUCUAUCAUCACUUUCUUAUCUUGACCUAUACAUGAACGAUCUCAAAGGACAAAUUCCAUUUGAGUUUGGUCUCUUGCAAAGUCUCACCCAGCUUGAUCUCUCAUUUAACAGACUCACGGGACAUAUCCCUGCGUCUCUCGGUAACCUAACAAUGUUAACUGGUUUCUCCAUUCACCAAAACAUGGUAUCAGGUUCCAUUCCUGAGGAGAUUGGAAGGCUUGUCAACCUUCAAGAUCUAAAGCUAAGCAACAACACCUUAACCGGCAUGGUACCAAAGACCCUUGGAAAUCUGACCCAACUAAAUACAUUUUACCUCUAUGAUAAUCAACUUUCAGGGCCUAUACCCCAAGAACUUGGCAGGCUAGUCCAUUUGCAAAAUCUUCAGAUUCAUUCAAAUGAUUUUUCAGGCCCAAUCCCAAUCUCCAUAACCAAUCUCACUAAGAUGAACAUACUUUCUCUCUACAACAAUCAAAUCACAGGUCCAAUACCUUCAGAAUUCGGCAUCUUGCUGAAUCUCCGGUUUUUAGACUUGUCCGACAACCAAAUAUCUGGCACUAUUCCUGACAUCUUCGGAAAUACAACCAAGCUAGUACUACUAUCCCUCUAUAAAAAUCAGAUAACCGGUUCCAUCCCCCAGGAAAUUGGCAAUCUGAUGAAACUUGAAUAUUUAGGAUUGCAACUGAACCAAAUUUCAGGAUCAAUACCAAAAACUUUUGGGAAGUUGCAAAGCCUCCAAAAACUGGAAAUCUUUAGUAACAAAUUGUCAGGGUUUCUUCCUCAAGAAUUCGGAGAUCUCAUAAACCUUGUUCAACUUGCGCUCUCGUACAACUCAUUUUCAGGACCUUUACCCGCAAAUAUAUGUUCAGGUGGCAGACUUAAAUCUCUCAGUGUCUCUUCCAAUAUGUUCAAUGGCCCCAUCCCAAGGAGUUUAAAAACAUGUACGAGUUUGGUUCAUCUUGAGCUUCAGGAUAACCAACUUACAGGAGAUAUAUCGCAGCAUUUUGGUGUGUAUCCACAACUCAUAAGGAUGAGCUUGGCAUCAAAUAGAUUCUCUGGUCAGAUCCCACCAAAUCUAGGUGCAUCUACCAAACUAACGGUAUUACAUCUAGCACAAAAUAUGAUUACAGGUUCCAUACCUACAAUCCUUUCAAAAUUGUCCAACCUAGUAGAACUAAAACUCGAUUAUAACUAUCUCAGCGGUGAGGUUCCACCAGAAAUCUGCAGUUUAGCAAAUCUAUAUGAACUGACCCUAUCAUCGAACCAAUUAUCUGGAUCCAUACCUACAAUGAUAGGAAAUCUGAGCAAUUUAGGAUACCUUGAUAUAUCUAGGAACAGACUGAGUGGAUUGAUACCUGAGGAACUAGGGGGGUGGACAAAACUGCAAUCAUUGAAGAUCAACAACAACAACUUCAGUGGAAGUUUGCCCGGUGCCAUUGGAAAUUUAGCAAGCUUGCAAAUCAUGUUAGAUGUGAGCAACAAUAACCUCAGUGGUGUGUUGCCGCAACAACUCGGCAAGUUGCAGAUGCUAGAAGUUCUGAAUUUAUCACACAAUCAGUUCAAUGGCAGCAUUCCAUCCUCCUUUGCAGGCAUGGUGAGCAUUUCAACACUCGAUGUGUCCUACAACAUCUUGGAAGGACCGGUCCCGCCAACACGCCUACUCCAAAAUGCUUCAGCAAGUUGCUUUCUUCCCAAUAAAGGUCUGUGUGGUAACAUCUCUGGCCUGCCACCUUGUUAUUCAACCCCAGUAGCUGCUCGCCAAAAAGGAAAGAUACUUGGUUUGCUUUUGCCAAUUGUUCUUGUGGUGGGUUUCGGAAUUAUUGAUGUAAUUGUUGUCAUAAUGAUACUUACUCAUAAGAAGAGAAAACAACAAGAGGGUGUUACCGCUGAAGGAAGGGACUUAUUCUCUGUUUGGAACUUCCAUGGAAGAUUAGCAUUUGAUGAUAUUGUAAGGGCCACCCAAAACUUCGAUGAUAAGUACAUCACUGGAACAGGAGGAUACGGCAAAGUCUACAAGGCACAACUCCAAGACGGGCAGCUGGUUGCUGUGAAGAAGCUUCAUCACACCGAAGAGGAGUUGGACGACGAAAGAAGAUUUCGCAGUGAAAUGGAAAUCUUAUCACAGAUACGACAACGAAGCAUUGUCAAAAUGUAUGGAUUCUGCUCCCAUCCAGCAUAUAAGUUUCUUGUCUACGACUACAUUCAACAGGGAAGCCUCCAUGGGACAUUGGAAAACGAGGAGCUAGCAAAGGAAUUAGAUUGGCAGAAAAGAAUUGCUCUUGCAACUGAUGUUGCUCAAGCCAUAUCGUAUUUGCACCACGAAUGCAGUCCACCUAUAAUACAUCGAGAUAUCACGAGCAACAACAUCUUGCUUGAUACAUCCUUCAAGGCUUUUGUCUCGGAUUUCGGCACAGCAAGGAUUCUUAAGCCCGAUUCAUCAAACUGGAGUGCACUAGCAGGAACGUAUGGCUACAUAGCUCCUGAACUGUCGUACACAUCUGUUGUGACAGAGAAAGGUGAUGUCUAUAGCUUUGGGGUGGUUGUGUUAGAGCUAGUGAUGGGCAAGCAUCCAAGGAAUCUAUUAGAUGGUAGUCUUUCUAACGGCGAACAAUCAAUGAUGGUGAAAGAUAUUCUGGACCAACGGCCGACAACACCAAUAACAACAGAAGAGAGUAGCUUAGCUCUGCUCAUCAAGCUGGCCUUAUCUUGUCUGGAAUCUUCUCCCCAAGCAAGGCCAACCAUGCAGGAGGCAUACCAAAUACUCAUCCAGAAACCAUCUUCUAGUUCUCGUUCCGUGCCUUUCAGCACGCUUAUAUUACAUCAAGGGAUGCAUGUUGACAUAAGGUCUGAAUCCUAGUGAGAAACCAGGGUCUACCGAAGCAGAGUCCUAUUCAGAUUUCUGAAUUUUUACUCAAGUCACUCAUACACCACCUAUAUAUACCUCUUGUAUGCCAUGACAUGCCACACAGGAUGAGUUGACGACUCAAUUGCAAGUCUAUGUAUUUGUGGGUUCUCCUGAUACAGCAAAAGAUCACCGUUGUGUGCCCGUGGUUUUUCCGGCAAGGGUUUUCCAUGUAAAAAUGUGUGCCCCAUCCCAUGUUCUUGAUAUUUCUCUGUUUGUUUGCUUGCUGAUUUCUAACAAUGCAUAAGUAUAAUUUGGUUUGCAGGUUGCUUAUAUUUGUUAGAUGUUGUACUUUAGACAUAGUAACCAGUAUCCACAUGUGACAAUUUCUUUCGGCUAUUGUCUGCAGGGUACUUGAAAUGUGUCCUAAUUUUUGUCUCUUUUAAUCUACUAUUGUUCCCAUGAACCUAAAGAUUGAAAAAAAUGGAAUCCAAAACUGGUGUGGUACCAUGUAGUCCUACUUUAAUUAUUCCAUAUAUGGGAAUCAAGAUCAAAUAUCUUGGACCAAGCAGGAACAAUCACAAUGCAUAAACGGGACGAAAUGAAUGUAGGCACAUUGGAGAUAGGUGCAUAAAGAAAGAGAAGUACCACAAUAUAAGUACCAAGUAAAAGGACUUACAGAGGGUUGUAGGGCAGGAGUAUGUAGUCAUUUGCCUUAUUAUUGCUCCCAUGAACCUGAAGGUGAAAAAAUGGAAUCCAAAACUGGCACGUUAUCAUGUCACCACCCUUUAUUGUUCUCUGGGUAUCAAAGUAAAAUACCUUGUAUCAAGCAGGAACAAUCACAAUGAUCAAUUGUUCGAUGUGUAAACGGAACAAAUGAAUGUGAACACACGGAUAUAGGUGCAUAAAACAAGAAAAGUAUAACAGUACUAGGUAAAGGAGCUUACGGGGGAUUGUAGGGCAUGCAUACAGUCCUUGUCCUUAGGAUGGAGCAUAUGUAGUCCUUGUCCUUAGGAUGGAGCAAUAGAUAAUUUACUAGUACACUUAAUUUCAAACACUCGUAACGGGAUUUUCAUGGAACAAAGAUACAGCCUUCUUUUUCUUGAUGCCUAAUACAACUUAACGAAGGAUGAGAUGAGAUGAUAGGAAAAGCCAUGACAGACAACACCAGAGCUAGCAACGUCCCAUAAUUUAAUUAUCAGAAAAGCAGAUACCAAUUCAC